AUGCGCUUCUCUUGUUGUUUUUCCCUGUCCGGUCUCAGACCAUCUGACCGCCUGGUCCUGGACCCAAUUCCACUGCCAGCACCGCAACACCCAGAGCACCUGGUGUGCCGGAACCCCUGUCCCACUCCCUCGGUGUCACAUCCUGAGAUCGGCAUUUUACGUUUUGUUAUUCUCUGUUUUCUCAUGCAAUGCCGUUUUAAAGGAAUCGUACAGAUGCAGCCACUGGACAACCAGGUCUACCCCAGUGAGGUGUCUUGUGAGACCGGGAAUUUGGACCAGUUUAACACACAACUCAUUCCUCUCCAGAGUGACAGCUACCUGGGAUUCUCCAUCGACUCUGGUCUGGCCCUCAUCAGGAAGGGUGAGCUGACGGUCGUAUCAGGAGCACCCAGAGGAGGUUACAGCGGGCAGGUGGCGUUUCUCAAGGCAGACCCUGUGGCGAAGAGAAAUUUGUCUGUGGAGUUAGUCCUUUCUGGUCCGGGCCUGGCCUCCUCCUUUGGCUACGACGUGGCAGUGGUGGAUCUCAAUGGGGAUGGGUGGGAGGACCUUGCUGUAGGAGCUCCGCAAUUCUUUGUUAAAGAUAGUUUGGUUGGAGGAGCAGUUUACAUCUACAUCAACAACAAAGGAAAAAACUGGGAGAAGAUUGUUCCAACACAAAUUCUUGGACAUAAAGACUCCAUGUUCGGCCUCGCAGUGGAAAACAUAGGAGACGUCAAUCAAGAUGGUUAUGGAGAUAUUGCUGUGGGGGCACCAUAUGAUGGUUCUGGUCGAGUAUACCUUUACUAUGGCUCAUCAGACAACAUUAAAAAAAAGCCAGCACAGGUAAUCUCAUCUGGAUCCAAAAAAGUGACUCUGUUUGGAUAUUCUCUGUCUGGCAACUUGGACGUGGACAACAAUCAGUACCCUGAUUUGGCUGUGGGAUCACUCUCUGAUUCUGUCUUUGUUUACAGAGCGAGGCCAGUGGUCAAUGUCAGCAGCUCUCUGAUGCUAACACCAGAUAAAAUAGACAUCACAAAGGAACAGUGUGAUAAACGCACAUGUCAUUUUAGAGUUCAGGCAUGCUUCACCUACACAGCACAUUCAGCAUCGCUCAACGCCACACUGAUCCUCAACUACACUUUUGAGGCUGACGCUGAGAGGAGAAAAGCGAGGCUUCCACCCAGAGUGGAUUUUCAGGAUUUGUCUCGAGGAAGACUGGAGCUGCCUGGACAGAAGAGAGAAGUCUGUACUGGCACCAGACUCCGACUUCUGCGUGAUAUCAAGGACAGGCUGCACAGUAUCCCCGUCUCUGUCACUGUGUCUCUGCAGAGCUCCAGUCAGACAACCAGGACAAGUGCAGAUCUGCCCAACGUUACUCCUGUCCUCAACCUCUUCCAGCAAAAGAUCACUGUCUCAGAGAUUACCUUAAUAAACAAGGGCUGUGGCAGUGACAACAUUUGCCAAAGUAACCUUGAGUUACAGUACAAGUUCUCUUCCAGGAAAACACAAAAUAAUAAAGAUGUUUUCAAAUCACUGACAAGAGAGGAUGGCGUUGCAAUCAUCACUCCUUCUGAUGAAGACAUAGCUUUGGAGAUCACUGUGACUAACAGGAACGGGGAUGACGCACACCAGAGUCACUCCAUCAUCAGCCUCCCAGAUACUCUUCAUUACUCUUCUAUAGUCUUCAGUCCUGCAGCAGAAACACAAGUGAGUUGCACAGCCAAUGAAAAGGGAACACUAAUAGACUGUGAACUGGGAAACCCACUCCGAAGAGAUGCUGAAGUUACAUUUUAUGUCAUACUCACAACAUCCGGUAUCUCGCUGAGUACAAAAGACAUUAACGUCACUCUGCAGCUUGAAACGACAAGUGUGCAGACCAUACCGCCAGUUGAGGCUUUAGCCAAAGUGGUUUUUCAGCUUGAGCUGCAAGUAUAUGGACGAGCCAGGCCUUCUCAAGUGUCACUUGGUGAAAACUUGAGGGGUGAGAGCGCCAUAAAAUCUGUGGACGAAAUUGGAACUCCAGUUCAAUAUGAAUUUAGGAUAACAAAUCUGGGCAGACCACUGAAAUCUUUCUCUAAUGCAUCACUAAACAUCUACUGGCCAAAGGAGAACACUGUAGGGAAAUGGCUUCUGUACUUGACUCAGAUCAACAGUAAAGGUGUACAGUCCGUCCCCUGCUCACCUGUAGACGAAAUCAAUCCACUUAAACACGUGAAGGGGUGGCAUGACCCCUCCAGGAGAAGACGUGAAGCUGAGCAUGAAGCCCUCUCUACUGACGGAUUCUCUUUUCUUCCAACCAGAAGGAAAUACAAAACCCUAACCUGCUCUGACGGACUGAAGUGUGUGGAGAUACGCUGCCCUCUGUUGGGUUUGGACAGUACUGCAGUGAUUGUUCUGCAUUCACGCCUGUGGAACGCCACUUUUACAGAGGACUACAGCUCCUUGAACUACCUAGACAUUGUUGUGGAUGCUACUCUCAGUUUAACACACUCUCCAGAAAAUAUUGGACUUAAGCCAGAGAAACCUGGGACAAAGGUAAAACUGACAGUGUUCCUUGAGAGAAAGUAUUUCACCAAAGUUGCCUGGUGGAUCAUCUUCCUGACAGUCAUUGCAUUGCUCCUGUUGUUGGCUGUUAUUGUCUUCCUGUUGUGGAAGCGUGGCUGCAUCGACUGCCUCGCUCAGAACAAGAAGCCCUCCACAUAA